AAUCAUCAUCACAAUUCAUCACCACAAGCCAAAGGUUACGAAGAAGUGAUUACUCCUUCACCCGCGCCGUUGCGUUUCGUCGCUGACAAGUAUGCCUCGCCAACAGAAGUGGAUGCGAGCAACACCAUCCAUCGGCUAUAUGGAAGAAGAGGGCAACACCCAUACGUGCAAAAUACUGGUGUCAAUUGCCCUGGCCAUCAGCAUUGCAGUGACGGUGGCGAUUCUCACUUGGAUCACGCUACAAGGAGGGGCCAACCAGCUCGCAAGAGAAACGGCUGUUUACGACUCUGAAGACAGCCUCGACACCGUGGCUCCAAGACAAAGUAGUGAAGUCAACGAGGAACCUUAUUCUAACCGAGUAGCACGUCCAAAUGAGCCUGCAGUCUUUCCUCCGUCUAUAAAUUCAACAGUCGAGGCGCCAACCAUGGAACCUAUAAUAGCCGCUAGACGAAAUGAUUUCCUCACGAAGACCUCACGUGACAACAACGUAGGCACCAAACACAUCGCAUCUCAGGAAGCAACGCUUAGAUCAACAGAUGCAUCUUCUCGACCAUUGGGCAAAAGAGCGAGCAUGGCCACCUCAGCCAUGUCUUAUAAUUUAGGAGCUCCACUUCAGUCAACGCCGUCAUACGAGGCGGCGUCACCUGCUGUAGAAGAUUCAACAAAUAAUCUGAUCUUAGAAGCAGCUGAACGCACAACUAUUUCAGUGCAUGACCAGAAUAUAUCAUCACAGAAGGUGAAAAGUGAUGAAGCCUCUUCAGAAGAGACCACAGAACGCAAAGUUUCUGCUGCACCACCGCGCACUGCAGUUGCUUCCGAAAGUGCGAGCUCAAAAGUAACCAAUCCAACGACCAUGUCUACAAUGGCAGUUGAAAACACAAGUUUCAGCACUGCAGAAAAGACCACAGGGAAGCCAAUGGAACCGCAAAUACUUCUGUGCACAUACGGUGCCAAGACCAACGCAUCUACCGUGUUCCCCAGUGAUGGGCUGUGCGACUUCAUUUUUUUCGACUCUGUGUACAAGAAUGACCGGAACUUCCUCGCUGACAGCGAAAACAUUGGCGUAGAUCUACAACAUUUCUUGGCAGUUAUUCCCAACUACUCCAAGACAGCGUUUGGUGUAGGGUUUGCCUUCGAGUACCGUGGCACCCUGACUCAAGACUUGACUAGGACUGACCCUAUACCUUUGGAGGUGUUUUGGAAGCACGGAGUCUACCACUUUGGCAUUUUGGACGUACCGGUAUUUGGAUUGAAGCCCUUCUACAUGGACGAUGUCUUCACGUGCCUCAAGACACUCGACGCCAUGUCUCAGGGGCAGCGGGACUCCGGCAAGGCAGCAUACAUCGUGCUCAGUGCCGUGCCCUACAACGCAGGCUGGGUAAACUACGUGGCCGAUAAAAUGAAGACAGUUUACAGACCAGACCUGUUCGUUUCACAAGGCCACUACACGUACGGAGACAACGAAGCCAUAACCUGUGCAGUCGUGCCUCCGACUUCUCUCUUUCGGCCCAACAAGCUCCUUGGAUACGCACACGACUUGAACACUGCAGCGUUGGCUCUGCAACAGCUCGAGUCUCAAGGCGCAUCUUCUCGUUGGUCUAUAUCAGUGGGCAUGAAGGGGCGUUUGGCCGCGCCCCUACCGAAGUUCCCGCUCGAGAUAUUUUCACCCUGCUACCAGAACCCGGUGGCUCCUGCCUUUGACACGUACACCGAGGUCUGCAACAACCAGCAGCUUUGGCAUAAACCGGCUUAUGACAACGAACACGACACUAUGCUUACCAGGAACACCAAAAUGAAUAUGAUGUUCGUAUACGACAACGAACAGUCCCUCUGCAGAAAGCUCUGCAGGGUGAAGGCAAACUACACGAAACUCCGGUUUGGUCUGGCUGCGUUCGACCUAGACUACGAGGACUACAGUAAUUCUUGCCGCCAGGACAAUAAGUUCAGUGCGUUCAGCCGCCUGCAGACGCUGCGCAAGCUGGUUGACUACUUCAAGGACCAUUUUGAGAAACGAAUCGACGAGCCCGGUUGCAUUGCGCUGGUGCCCACAUAGAGGCAGCUAUGCAAACCCGCAAAGCGUUUGGUAUAUGAACUAACGUAUCCUUAUCUUCUAAGUAUCACAUCUUAAUCACACUACUCGGAGGAUACUAUACGAUGGUGGCAGAGAAGCGACGCCUGGUUAAAAUGCCCGUUCCGGUGCCUAUUUUCUACAUUUCUCGUACGUAAUAUACACAGAGAAUUUCUUUUUACCCUACAGGUUGCCGACUUC